AUACGAGCCUCAAAAUGGCUCAAUCGAAGCUCUAAGCUCCAGUGAACCUACCUUUACCUACCCCACCCUGCUGCAGCUCCCCUGCCUGCCUCCCUCGUGAUUGACGCGCGGGGCAGUCCAACUGCUCUACUGCUCUUACUGCUUGGACAGCUCCGUUGAUAUCUGCGACAAGCUUGUCAAUAGUCCAAAUACCUAUUUUCGACCAAACUUUUUUUUUCUUUGCUUUUUUUCCUUCACUUCCACCUCUCAAAUCGUCAACUGAAUCACUCCCAAGAGAUACAAGAUGCUGGUCAAAGAGAGCCAUGCGGACGUGCAGAUCACGGUGGACGGCAAGGAGACCCCUAUGAGGAUCUUUGUGUUUCACCCGACCAUACCACAAUAUCCUUCGGCGCGGUUCCCUGGCGUUGUUCUAUUUAGUGAAAUCUAUCAAGUGACCGGUCCCGUCGCUAGAUUCGCCCGUCAGAUCGCCGGCCAGGGCUACAUUGUGGCUGCCCCGUCCUCGUAUCAUGACUUCACUGGCCCCGAAGCUCUGGCAUAUGAUGUUCCCGGCACAGACCAGGGUAAUGAGUGGAAGGUCAAGAAGACGCUGCCGUCUUACGAUGCGGAUGGCUUCAAGACAGUCGACUACCUCCUCAGCCUGCCGACUUGUACUGGCCUCAUUGGAGCGACGGGCAUGUGCCUGGGCGGCCAUCUCGCGCUGCGCGCCAGUCUCGAUCCCCGCAUCUCCGCGUGCGUGGCAUAUUUUGCUACGGACGUGCACAGCCGCACGCUCGGCCCGCACGAUGCAGCAAACACCUCGGCAGAGGGCCCUGCGCAGAGUAACCACACGAUAGACAAGCUGCGUGAGCUCAAGGGCGAGGUGGCCAUGAUCUUUGGCAUCAAGGACACGCACGUCCCCGACGCCGGGCGGGAUCUCAUCCGGGCCAAGCUCCGUGAUGCCGGAGUUGUGUUCAGCUUCUACGAGUUUGCUUGGGCCCAGCAUGCGUUCAUUCGGGAUGAGCUAAGCAAAGGCCGGUAUGAUCCUGCCAUCACAAAGGUGUGCUUUGAGGUUCUUCUGGAACUGUUUGGUAGGAAGCUCAAGACAGACCUCGGGCCGCGCGAUGGGAAGCCCGAGAAGGUUGAGCAUGUCUGCUAAGCGUAUGGGAAGAGGAUAUUUAAGAGCAAGACGGGUGCAAGACUGGAUACGACAUUCGCAUAUCCAGGAGCUAUGGUGAGCUCGCUGGGGCUUGAA